AUGCCGCACUCUGUCCCAGUACCCCCGACGGGGUUCCAAGCGCUCAUCCUUUGCGGGCCAGGCGUUUCCCUCAACACGUUCACUUCAAAUCCAGAAGAAUUCCCAAAGGCUCUGAUUCCCAUCGCAAACCGUCCUAUGGUAUGGUAUCCGCUGGACUGGUGUUAUCGUAUGGGAAUAAACAACAUAACUCUUAUCACUCCUCCUCCUAGCCAAGGCCCUCUCGAGGCUGCUCUAUCACAAAAUCCUCACCUCACCUCUCUCCCAUCGCCAUCUCCAUCCGUACUGGCGCCCGCCGAUUUAACACUGACGACGGGUACCGCCGAAUUGCUACGUCUUCCUGAAGUUCAAGCGUGUAUAAAAUCCGACUUUCUUCUUCUACCGUGCGAUCUAAUAUGCGAUAUUCCGGGCGAAUCUCUACUAGAAGCAUGGAUGGUCUCGCAAAGUGCACUCGGUGGAUCGACACUUGCCGGAGGGUGGAAUACCAAUGGCCCAAAAACGAUAGGAAUGGGUGGUGAGGCAGGAGGACGUCGCGGGGGUUUAGCGGUAUAUUAUCAAACAAAAGGGAGGGAAGAAAGUGUCAAGGGAGAAGUGACUGAUUUCGUUGCCACCGCUCCUCUUGAGCAAGGCGAGGCGCCUGCGGUUUCUCAUCCAACAGACGGGCCAGCUGCGCUACGGUUCGGGUUAUCUAAGCUGGUACUUUCUAUGCCAAUGGAUACAGUCAAAGAAAAAAUGGAGGAAGAUAAGGGCCUGCUCAUCCGCCAUUCACUUGUGAAGAAGCAUGCACAAGUAAAGAUGCUAACCAGCUUCCGAGAUGCACACAUUUAUGUAUUCCCCUAUUGGGUCAAGGAAAUGGCUCGACGCAACGAAAAGUUUGAGAGUGUCAGUGAAGAUCUUGUGGGAUGGUGGGCGAAAACCGAUUGGCAAACAGGGCUGGGAGAAAAACUCGGAUUGAAUGAAAUAUUUCGACAAAGCCAGACCGUCGGGGAGAGUGGGAGCUUGGACGACGAGUCACUGGAGGAGGAGAUUGACAUCAAAGCCAUGAGCACCACCAAGGCUGGAGCUGGAGAGUCUUACAACACAUCAUCGGCUGAAGCACCCACUGAAUUCCAAUUCGCCUCCCGGGUCCAGAGCUCAGGGCCCGACUCGGGCAUAGAGCCACCACGAAAAGGGAAACUCAUCACUCCCCCAGUGCUGGCCUACAUGCAUUCAGCCCUGCCAUCUGCACCUUUGGUCAGGCGCAUUGACGCUUCUUCUCUUCUUCUCUCUGUAUCGCUUCGACUUGCGAAACUCGAGUCUGUCGAAGAGGCUGGCAAAGUGGCUGCCUCUCCGUUUGCGCACAACCAAAAGGUCGCGUACCCUGCAGGUGUCGCUCAGCGCUGCACAGUUACCAAGUCUGACUGCCUACUCGCCGACAAUGUUACCGUGGAGGAGAAGUGUGUGAUUAAGGAGAGCGUGAUCGGGGUCGGUUGCCAUAUCGCCAGCGGGGCCCGAUUAACCCGCUGUCUAGUGAUGGACGGAGCUGUCGUUGGAGAACGCUGUCAGUUGACAGGCUGCAUCGUUGGGCGCCGCAGCAAGAUUGGGCGUGAGUGUGUCCUAAAGGAGUGUGAAAUCCAGGACGGCCACGGCGUCGAAGAGCAGACAGACGCCAAGAACGAGAAGUUUAUGAGAUUCGAAGGAUUAGAUGAAGAUGCCGAUGACAUGGAUGUGGCCGAAGACUUUGGAGACGAUGGCAGCGACUUGGGUUUCUGA